AUCUUGUGAUGUAAUGAAUCACAUCACCUCUCAUCCCCACUCAUGAGUCAUCUAUAAAACCCCCCAACACCCACGUCCGAACUCCCGUUGACAUAACCUCUUUCUCUCUCCAACCACUUGCACACCUUCCUCAAUAAUUCUCCCUCUCUACAGGUGGUGAUGCAAGGUGUCCGCCGCUACGAUCCACUCUCCGACGGUGGAGUCCGUCUUGAACUAACGCCAACCACCAGUUCUCCGCUAGCCAUCGAUGUCGGCGAGUCCACGGAGAUGCGAAUCCAGCGUCUCAUAUCUGAAAACCCAGUGAUCAUUUUCAGCAGUUCCUCUUGCUACAUGUGCCAUGUGAUGAAAAAUCUCUUGUCUUCAAUUGGUGUGCACCCCACCGUUAUCGAAUUGGAGGACGAAGAGAUCGGUGCUCUCUCCGCCCACGAUCGAGGCGACGGGAGUAGCAGCGGCGGUGGUGCGCCGGCGGUGUUCAUAGGUGGGACACGUGUUGGUGGGUUUGAGAGCCUGGUGGCGUUACACCUGAGUGGUGACCUAGUGCCUAAGCUCGAACAUGUUGGUGCUCUCCGGGGUAUUGGAUUGUAAUUUUUAAGAUGUUGAUUUGGGGAUGUUGUUGUAAUUCCAAAAAAAACCAAUAUUAGGAGAGAAUAAUUAGUUUUCUAUGUUCCUUUCUGUCAAUAUUAGUCCUUGGAUUGGUACUUGGUAUGGGUAGAUUAUUUAAAUGAUCCUUGAAAUUGGGGAUUUUGCUAGUAGAUUGCAGUUGAUGAUUUGUUGGGGGUGAAGGCAUGUAUUAAGAUUUCCUUAUAUAUUUUCCGGCUACGAUUGACAAUUUGUAAUACAUGAUUUAAUAUAUAAUUAUUGUUGAAGGUAGUUAAUAUG